AAUGUAUAGAAUUGCAGGGAGUUCAAAUGUCGAAUGACGAGACUGUUUUUUCCGAAAAAGAGCUGCAAACUAAAAUAAGUGAUCUGGAAAGUAAGCCGGCGGAACCGGAGUUAACAGCGAGAGGUAUUGUGAAAGAAGAAAUAAUGGAUGAUUCCAUGACAAAUAGCGACUUAGAAAACGAAAUUGAAUAUCUUGGUACCGUGAAAAGUAACUUUGAAGGUAUAAUUAGAUUCAAAAGCUAUAGAGAAAUGGAAAAGAAGCUGAAAGAGGUGGAAUUAGACAGUUCAACAAGGAAUGAAUGCGAAGCAAGUCAAUAUGAAAUUGACAAUUUAGAGAUUACAACUGAAACUCUGUCAGAAAAUAGGUCCGGACUGAUCAUUUCCGAGUUGGAGGAGAAGUUAAAGGAAGCAGUAUUGCAUAAUAAUCUCAUCAAGCAAGAAUUAAACGUAUGUCAAGCAGAAGCGCAGAAAACGAAUAUGGAACACGAAAAAUGUAUUCAGAGUCUUGCAGUUGAAAAACGUGAAUUGAAAAAUGCAGUUUGUCAACUUCAAGAAAAGUUGAAGGAAGCGGAACGGAAUGACAAUUUGAUGAGGGCAAAAAUACAUGUACUAGAAUUGCAGUUGCAGAAGAGUCGUGAUAUAUCGGAAAAAAGAGAGAUUGAAUGCCUCACGUCGAAAAUAAAAGAGUACGAGUCGAUGGUUCACGAGUUGAGAGAGAAACUGGCCGAUGCUCAACUGCACUUGCCAAUUUCAGUAAGAGAUAAGUCAAAUGGAGAACUACAGAAGAUCCAAGUGGAUGCGGAAGUCGCAAGUCCGAUAUCUGGAAGAGGAGAUGAACAGGACGCUGCAGGAUUGAGGAAAGAGUUCUCGGAACUGGCGGCGGAAGUAUCGAUAGCGGACAGCGAAUACGACCAGAGCGGCGUGAGCGCGACUGCGGAGCCACCGAUGGUGAUGAUUACGGAGGCGAGCUCGCCGACUGGAAGUCUGACAGACUUCCAGUCGGCGAGUACUAGUACUCCGCAGAGAACAAACCAGCCGCAACCGCAGUUAAGCGAAUCCGCGAAAUCGAUGCAGAGAGUUACCCGUUCCCAAAAUAAUCCAAAUAUCUCAAAAGAAUAUGAGACAAUAAUAAAAAAUGAUUUAUCGCCGCAAAUGUCUAAAGGAUGCGGAUGCAAAAAGGAUUGCACAUCGCAACAAUGCAAAUGUGUCGGCCACAAAAAACCGUGCAAUAUAUAUUGUACAUGUAAAAAUGGCUGCAAAAAUGAAUUUAAUGUUCCUGCAAACACAAAAUAAAAAGA